GUUUCGGUCCCCUCAACCUUCAGAUCUGUACAUCCCACUAUGCUUUGCGAUGACGGUCUGACAAGUGGAUCCAAGAUGGCGUAGAAAGUAAAGCUAGACGGUUUGUCCCUAAGUCAUGGCGGACAGGAGAGCGGAGAAGUCAUGUGAAGAAGCCAGUAGAUCGUUAGCCAGGCGGGAGUACGAGGCGGCAGUCAGCCAUAGCACGGAUGCCCUGGUGGUCCUUGCACCCCAACCCCCAUCCUCCAGCAACCCCAUCCCGCUGAGCCCUCCAUCUCUUGUCGCCGCCGCCGGACCCCUCCGCAGCCGUGCCCUGCUCUACCGAAUUGCUGCCUUCUUGCAGCUGAAAAAUUAUGAUGAAGCAGAUGAAGACUGCAAACAUGUCCUGGCCGAAGAAAUUGCCAGGGGAGAUGGUUCACUACAGGCGAACUUGCGCUCCAUGCUGUUGGAUGGCAGCCUGCAGGAGGUGGCCAGCAUCCUGUCUAAAGCCUUGUAUGGAGAGCCAAUGAAUGGUAUUGUUGCAAAAGACCUGAGCAGAUUAAAAAUGCUCUUCUCUGAAAUAGAGGCUGUAAAAGGAGACAUGGCACCAGAAUACACAGAUGACCAGGAUGAAGAGGUCCAAGAUGGCUGGCGGUUCCGACCACCUCCAAGAGGAGUCACGAGCAGUGAGGAGUACACCCUUUGUAAAAGGUACUUGGAGCAGGGCCUGUGUCGGUAUGGGGCCCAGUGUACAUCAGCUCAUUCGCAGGAGGAGCUUAUGGAGUGGCAGAAGCGCUAUGCUUCACGCCUCAUCCGCCUCAAACAACAGCAGGAGAGUAAACACUUCACCGAAAACUACAUGGAGACCUUAAUAGAGAAGUGGAUGAACUCCCUUUCUCCAGAGAAAGUGCUAAGUGACUGUUUAGAAGGAGUGAAUGUAGAGACCACCUCUAGCCUGUCUGUCACCGUCACCACCAAAAAAUCCUCCCACUCCUGGGUCUUCUCCUUGUUGUGCAAGCCACCUAGAAAGCUGUACCGGAUUGCUCUCCUCUAUGAUGCCCACCGACCACACUUCUUCAUCACAGGCGUGUCAGCUGGAGAGCGGCUCCAAGGUGUUCCCAAAGGCUGCCAAGAGUGGACUCCAGGGGAGGAGACAGCAGUGGCAGCAGACAAUGGCCUGGACCACUGUGUCUACAAGGUUGCAGUGGGUUUCAGCACAGAGAUCUUUGGUACCUUCCGACAGACCAUUGUUUUUGACUUUGGUUCAGAACCUGUGCUAAUGCAGCGGAUCAUGGUGGAUGCUGCCUCUAUUGAAGACUUGGAGCACCUGUUGGCAGCCAGACAGCAACUCUUGAUGACUGCGAAACGCUGGGACUCAUCCUGUAAAACCAUUGUUGAAUUCAGUCCCAAUGAGACGAUGGCUGAACUGGAGCGCAGCCUCCUUUCCCGCUAUCAGAUACCUCUAUCAGCUGACCAGCUCUUCACCCAGUCAGUCCUUGACAAGACUCUGACCAAAGACAACUACCAGGCCCGACUGCACGAUCUGCUCUACAUAGAAGAGAUUGCACAGUACAAAGAAGUUAGCAAGUUUAACAUCAAGGUGAACCUGCAGCUCGUCACUAGCUUUAUGCUGACUGGCAUUUCUGUUGGAGCAAAGUAUGCUCAGAAUGGACAGCUUUUUGCACGUUUCAAACUCAACGAAACACUUUCUGAGGACACACUGGCUGGGCGGCUAGUGAUGACCAAGGUAAAUUCAGUUCUGCUGCUACCUUUGGGCCGUGAAGCGAUCAACAGCCAGCCGCCUCCUGGAGUUAAAGAGCGUGUUUAUGAGGCUGUGAUUGAGGAGAAGACUAAGGAUUACAUCUUCCUAAGGAUCUGCAAGCACUGCUGUGAGGAACUCGGGCUGCAGCCUGACAGAGAACUACAGGUGGAGCUCCAGUUCCAGCUGAACAGACUGCCACUCUGUGAGAUGCAUUAUGCCCUGGAUCGCAUCAAAGAUAAUACUAUCCUUUUCCCUGAUGUUAGCCUUGUCCCUACUAUCCCCUGGAGUCCUAACAGGCAGUGGGAUGAGCAGUUGGAUCCUCGUCUGAAUGCCAAACAGAAAGAGGCCAUCCUGGCCAUCACCACACCCAUCUCUAUCCCUUUGCCCCCCAUUCUUAUCAUUGGGCCCUAUGGUACCGGCAAGACCUUCACCCUGGCACAGGCUGUAAAGCACAUCCUCCGCCAAGACCACAGCAGGGUCCUGAUCUGCACCCACUCCAACAGUGCGGCUGACCUUUACAUUAAGGACUACCUUCAUCCUUAUUUUGAAGCAGGCAAUCAGCAUGCCAGACCUCUCAGGGUAUACUUCAGGAACCGCUGGGUGAAGACGGUCCACCCAGUGGUCCAGCAGUACUGUCUCAUCUCCAGCACACACAUCACUUUCCAGAUGCCCACAAGGGAGGACAUCCUCAGGCACCGCGUGGUGGUGGUCACCCUCAGCACCUCCCAGUACCUCUGCCAGCUUGACUUGGAGCCUGGUUUGUUCACUCAUAUCCUAUUGGAUGAAGCGGCCCAGGCCAUGGAGUGUGAAACCAUCAUGCCUUUUGCUCUAGCUAGCAAGACAACCCGCAUCGUGCUGGCCGGAGACCACAUGCAGCUCAGUCCAUUUGUGUACAGCGAGUUUGCACGGGAGCGCAACCUGCACGUGUCCCUGCUGGAUCGACUGUAUGAGCACUACCCCCCUGAAUUCCCCUGUCGUAUUCUCCUUUGUGAGAACUACCGCUCCCAUGAAGCUAUCAUCAACUACACUUCAGAAUUGUUCUAUGAUGGGAAGCUAAUGGCAAGUGGGAAGCAGCCCUCCCAUAAGGACUUCUACCCUCUGACCUUCUUCACAGCAAGAGGAGAAGAUGUCCAGGAGAAGAAUAGCACUGCCUACUACAACAAUGCUGAGGUAUUUGAGAUCGUGGAACGGGUGGAGGAGUUGCGCAAAAAGUGGCCAGUGGCCUGGGGGAAGCUGGAUGAAGGCAGCAUUGGGGUGGUGUCACCAUAUGCUGACCAGGUGUUCCGCAUUCGUGCUGAGCUACGGAAGAAGAGAAUGCCUGAGGUCAGCGUGGAAAGAGUGCUCAAUGUCCAAGGCAAACAGUUCCGGGUGCUGUUCCUUAGUACGGUGCGUACACGGCAUACCUGCAAGCACAAGCAAACGGCCAUCAAGCGCAAAGAGCAGCUGGUUGAGGACUCGACAGAGGACCUUGACUAUGGUUUCCUGUCCAACUACAAGCUGUUGAAUACAGCCAUCACCAGAGCCCAGUCCUUGGUUGCAGUUGUGGGAGAUCCCAUCGCGCUAUGUUCUGUUGGGCGUUGCAGAAAAUUCUGGGAGCACUUUAUUUCCAUUUGCCAUGAAAACUCGAGCCUACAUGGCAUCACCUUCGAGCAGAUUAAGGCUCAGCUGGAGGCCCUGGAGCUCAAAAAGACCUAUGUCCUCAACCCAUUGGCUCCAGAGUUCAUCCCUCGUGCCCUUAGGCCCCUGCAAGGACACCAUUCGUCUUCACAGGCCCUCCAUCCCCACCAUCAUCCACAUUCUCAGCAUGCACAGCCAGCCUCCAACAAGCAGGGCCCCCAGCAGCAGCAACAGUCACCUCCUAAGGGUAAACAUGCAAACCACACAGAGCAUCUCCCACCUGAAGGAUAUGUCCAACCAAACCCAGCAGUGUUGAUGGGGAACCCUAUUCGGGCAUUCACACCACCUUUGGGUGGCACACCAGCUGGUAUGGGCAAGUCACCUAGUCCUGUGCAGAGGAUAGAUCCGCAUACAGGUGCCAGUAUCCUCUACGUUCCAGCUGUAUAUGGUGGAAACAUGGUCAUGCCCAUGCCCCUGCAUUUGCCCUGGCCAGGUUACCAGAAUCGCUUUGCUGUGGACCCUCGCAUCAUGGGUCAUCCAGCAGCCAUGGCUUACAACUUUAAUCUGCUGCAGCCACCAAAUAGAGGCUCCCCCAUUCCUUAUAGUGGGGUAGCACACCCCUCUCCUCUAGGACUAGCCCAGCCGAGCCCAGACAAAGAGCCUUCUGACCCCAUCAGAAAUGGUAAAUUAGAAGGAUGUUCAAAGUCAGAGCAGAAUCAUCUUCAAACACCAGAAAGAAAAAACACAGACAUGAAGGAAAAACAGGGAGAUUUAGACUCAGGCCAAAGUCGAAGUCUGGAUUCACAGACAGAAAGCCUAGUUGGAUUUCCCAAUCCUCUGCUCCACCGAAAAGACCCCUCAGCUGCCCAAAGACCUCUUAAUUUCCAACUUGCGCCACCUAGUACACCCUUUCCUUCAAAUCCAAUCAGUGGAAGAACCUUCCCCCAGCAGUAUUCAGUCACUAGGCUUCCUUAUCGGGUUAGCCAGCCUCAACACCCAGGGAUGGCCCAGCAAAAUCAGCAGCAGCAACAGCAGCUCAGUCCUGCCUACACUGGUGGAAGCCAUAAUGCGUCUUUUUUCAGUGGCCCUAUACCAACUCACAGACCUGUCCAGUCCCCGACUUUGAAUGGGCCAGAUUCUGGAGGAGUAGAGGAGAUGAGUAGCUCUGUUAGGACUCCAAUGGGCCACCCAGGAGGCCACCACUCAGGCCUGUCACAGCAUAACAGGGUCAGCAGCUUUGGGGAUGAGGGACAGGAUGGAAACCCAGGAGAUGGUUUGGAUCUUCAGGGACCCUUGGCUCUAGAGGCCCUUAGCCAGCAGCAGCAGCAGGCAGCUAGGCUGGGCCAGUGGGGGGAGGCAGCAAGCCCUUUCAUCCAGGCCAGUGUUGCCUUUCCUCUGCCCCAACAGCUUGCCCACCUUGCUCAAUCCAACAUGGCUCGCUUUCCCCAUCAGCUGCUUCGGGCAGGUAACUGGGGCCUUAGUUCCAAUCUGGAUGAUGAAGCUGUUCCUUCUGCCUCGACCGGGCCAACUUUCAGCAGGUAUCCAGGUCUCUUGAGAGAGAUGGCUCCACAGGAACAGCCAGAGCCCAGGGAAGCAGUUGAGAUGCAGCCCCCACCUCAGUCUCGCCUCCUCCAGUAUCGCCAGUCCCAGCCCCGUGGCUCGGGUGACCCUUCAUCCUCUUUAGGUGCCAUUUCCAAUCAAGCUGGCCCUUUUCCAUCAGGACUCUACCCCCAUGACACAGGUCGGGAUCUACUGAAUGAAAACCUUCUUAACAGCCAAGGUCUGCAGCAGCACCCAGGGAAUCCCCUGUACAAUACUGGUAGCUUUCCACAUCAGCCACCAGCUCAAUCUGCCAGCCCCCCUCCUGCCCAGGUCAAAUACCUUCUGCAAGAGGCCCAGUGGCCCCAUGGUGGAGCUACAUCAGUGAGCCCACCACAGCAGAACCCUCUGAUGGGGAAUCAGGGCCACGGCCUUCCUUAUGGACUGCCCAUCAUGGCUCACCCUAGCAGGCAGGAGCAGGUUCACCUGAUGCAGCUUCACCAUCAGCACCACCAGCAGCAGCAGCAGCAGCAGCAGCAACAACAGCAGCAGCAGCAACAACAACAACAACAACAAAAUCAAGGUCCAGAUCAGGAGCCCUACCACCCAUUAUCCCCCAGAACAUCAGCAGCCACAGCACAUCACAAUGUAGAUGAGUAUGAACCCAGAGGUCCAGGGCGGCCUCUUUAUCAGCGCCGUAUCUCGUCCACCUACCCAGAUGAAUCAUCUCCAGCCAACACCCACAAUACCCUGUCACAGCAAUCCCAGCCUUGUGCAUCAGAUACCCAGGACCACCCUCAUCCUCACAUACAGCAUCAUCAACACCCACACGCCCCCUACAGCUAUCCUUCACAUGACCACCUCUGGCCAAGUAAUGGAGGCGGUCCGGGUCCGUUUCAGAACAUUCCAUGUAACGGAGCCGGCACGCUCGCUCAGCAUCGGGACCUUCUAGCUUCCAAGGCCCUUCGUCAGGCAGAGGAGCAUGCAAAGGCAGAAGCCACAGGAACACAGCAGACACAUCCACACUCCCUCAACUCCCUUCAGCAUCAGUUUCCUCCUCUCAUGCCCAACAACAAGCAGCAGCAGCCUCAGCCUCCCACCGAGCCCAGCGAGGGGGCUCCAAAUUUAGGCAAACAGCCUACCAUGUCCUACGCGAGCGCUCUUCGCGCUCCACCUAAGCCCCGGGCAGUUCGGCCUGAACAGGUCAAGAAGAAUAGCGACCCCCUCUCCCUCCUACAAGAGCUGAGUAUAGGAAGUUCAAAUGGUAGCAAUGGGUACUAUUCCUAUUUUAAAUGAGUGUCACUUCUCCCACUUCUCCCACAUAAGUGAAUAAGUAAUAAUUUAAAAAAACAAACAAAAAAAACAAAUAAAAAAGAAAAUUAUAAAAAAGGUAAAAUCAUUUCUAAAAACACAAAAAUUGUGCAAAGUGCAUUUACAAGUUGUUUCUAUCAGUAGGUUGGUUUUAUGCAUUUUGUUUCAUUUAAACUUUUUAUUUUUAACAGUCAUUUUUUUUCCUCCUAUUUCACAUAUCUGUGAAGAAAAUAAGUAUAUAUAAUGAAUGCAUUACUGGUAUAUAUACAUACUCAUUAUGUAUAUAUGAAUAUAUACUUAUAUUAUCUACACUUGUAUAUGUACGUAAUGCUAAAAAAAAAAAAAAAAAGCAAAAAACAAACAUAAAAAAACAAAAAAAGCUCAAAAACAAUGGUGUCUGUUGGUUGACCACUUGGCUCCCGCUUGUAUUUUUCCUUAUUGAAGUUGUUUUGCGAAAUAAGUAUGUUUUUAUUAUUUUUUAUUCCUCAGUUUCGAGUGGACAUUACUUAUUGAUUUUCAUACUACUGUAGAUGUAAUGGACAUAAGCUAAGUGGUCAACUGACACAGAAACUACAUGGAACAGUGUAUAGAAGUAGAUAAAUUUUGCUCUAAUAUGUACAUAUAAAGAAAAAAUAAAAGACUGAAUCGUAUGCCACAGACAUGUCCUUAAAUUCCUGUAUCAUGCUAGAUUUGCAAUAUGAGUUUUAAAGUUUUGUUUUUCCUGUUUUUAGCUUCUGAUCUUUAAUUCUUAGACAUCCUUACCUGGGAAUCAUCUUCAGUCGUUUUUAGUAGAAAAUGUGAUUAUUUAUGGGGGAAAAAUUACAAAUAUCGAUUGCAUAUUUUAGCUUUUACCAGCUUCAACAUCAAAGCAGCAACAACUGUUUCAUUCCUCCUCUCUUUGCGUUAAAGAUCAGAGAACACCAUCCUUUUCAGUGAUAAGAUUAUCCUAGACUGCUUUGCUUGUGGCUGACACGCAGUUACAUGAAUUCUUUGUUGUUGUUGGUUUUAUUUUAUUUUAUUCUUUGUUUAAGACCGUCAUUGCAUCGUGGACUUACUUUGCAACUCUUGUCCAACAGUAUGACAUUGUUUCAGUAUAAUUACUGGAGUGAAAUGGUUUGUUUGUUUGUGUUUUGCUAUUGGGCAGAGUUCUGUUUUUAUUGUGUUGUUUUGUUUGAAAAGGUUGCAGUACUCUGAAGGCUUGUGUAAGUGAAGAAAGGACAGUGAGGUCAGAGUAGUGUGUCUAACAGGCAAACUGAGAAGAUCUAGAAUUGCAGUCAGAUGUUUUUGAACACACUAAAUUAUUGGUCUUACGUAUGUUGGAACUUAAGAGUAAACACCCUGAAAUGUU